AUCUUCCUCCAACCUGCCCUGACAGCGCCAAACAAUACCACUCUUGGAUCGUCAACCAUAAGCACAAAUAACCCAGUACACGAAACGGAACAAUGGGCUCGGCCGUGGACAUCACCUCGUCCUUCAUCGAAGGUGCACCUCCCUCGGAGCUCGCAGACGUGGUCAAAGACAUCAAAGCACUCACAUCAGUCGAUGACCCGACCCUCACAGCCAAAUUAAAACCCGCCUUCCAGCAAUACAACGAGAAGAAAUUGACCACCGUCAAGCUACCCGGUGCAAGCGAUCAUGUCCUAAUAUCCUCCUACAACAAACUCCCCUCGUCAGACCGGUACUACGACACUUCGUCGUCGACAUCCUUCGCAUUCGACCAUUCUUCGUCCAAGGCCAGCGCGCCGCAAUCCUACACCCACGACACCAAGCAUUCGAAUCUGAUCAGCGCGAUCGAGAAGUCCCUCUCCGCCCAUUUUUCAGAACACUACCCUCCCACAUCUACCUCCGCGUACUCGGUUUGCGCAACACCCGACGACAACAGCAUCGCGGUUCUGAUGUCCUCGACAAAAUCGUCGCCGAAGAAUUUCAUCAGCGGGCAAUGGCGCAGCGAGUUCCUUUACGAUGCGUCGAGCUCGACGCUCUCAGGCAGUAUUAACGUGAAUGUACACUAUUACGAGGACGGGAAUGUGGCGCUGACUACGAGUAAAAAGAUUGACGGCGUGUCUGUGGACGGGGGAGAUGGAGCGAGUAUCGUGCGCAAGAUUGCCGCGGUGGAGAAACAGUACCAGGAGGAGGUCAAUCGGACGAUUGUGGGGAUGAAUGAGACUAGCUUUAAGGCUUUGCGACGGCAGUUGCCUGUAACGAGGCAGAAGGUUGAGUGGGAGAAGGUCAGGGGGUAUGGAUUGGGGAGCGACUUGAGAGGGGAGGCGAAGAGGUAGGAACCGUGGCUCAUAUGCCUCUGCGCUCUGCGCGAGAGUUGUCACGAUGAAGAGAGACAUGGUCGCAUAAAGCGGCCACGGCAGCUGCUGUACUUGAGUGUGCACGGCUCAUACUGGGUAGAAGACCUGAUAUGGACAAAAUGAGAAACGAAGUUACUGAAGCAU